UUCUGGUAUCAGGAAGCAGAAGAUACUUCAUUGCCAGAGGGUUCUUUGGCAGAGAGCUUGAGAGCUGCUGCUGAAGCUGCUGUUUCACAAACCGGAUUUAUUUAUGAUGAAAAUACAGGACUGUAUUAUGACCACAGUACUGGAUUCUACUAUAAUUCGGAAAAUCAACUAUAUUAUGAUCCAGCAACUGGAAUUUAUUACUACUGUGAUGUGGAAAGUGGCCGAUACCAGUUUCAUUCACGAGUGGAUCUGCAGUCUUAUCAGACCUCUGGUACUCAGCACACCAGGGAUAAAAAAGGGAAAAAGAAGAGAAAAGAGCCAGAGCGGAUUACUGCAAAUGACCAUAAGGAUCUGGACACAGAAGAGCAGAAAUCAUCUAGCAUUCUGAAUUGCUUUUCCACUGCUGAGCAGCUAAGUUCUACUGAAGAAGAGGAGUCUCCAAGCAUAAGAAAGAAGAAAAUGGACACAGAACCACAAAACAGUCUAACAGCCAAAGAAUCUAUUUCUACAGACAAUAUAAAUUCACAUUCUUGCAAAAGUACACCGGAUGCGGCAGCACAUGCAGAUGACAGGAGAACAGGAGACACAGAGAGUGAGCCAGAAGAAGGUGAAAUUACAGAUUCUGAGUGUGAAGCAUACAGCAGUGAGGAUGAAGUAACAAGUGAAGAAACUGCUUAUUCAGAAGACUCAGAAAAUGAAGAUGAAGAAAAGAUCUGGCCUCCUUGUAUCAGAGUGAUUGUAAUAAGAUCACCAGUUCUGCAGAGAUCACUUUAUAUUAUCACAGCUGUGAAGCCUGCUACAAUUGGAAGAGAAAAAAGUGUUGGACACACACUUGAGAUUCCUGAAGUUGGAGUCAGUAAGUUCCAUGCAGAAGUGUAUUUUGACCACGAUUUGCAAAAUUAUGUUCUUGUGGAUCAAGGCAGUCAGAAUGGAACAGUUGUUAAUGGAAAUCAGAUUCUUCAGCCUAAAACAAAAUGUGAUCCCUACAUCUUGGAACAUGGAGAUGAAGUGAAGAUUGGUGAACCUGUGCUUUCUUUUCACAUACAUCAUGGCAGUGAUACUUGUGAUGGAUGUGAACCAGGACAAGUCAGAGCACAUCUUCGUCUUGACAGGAAAAAGGAAUCUUCUGUUUGCCCAGCACUUAGCAAAGAAGAGAGAGAGAUAGUCAGAAGAAAAGCAUUAAAAAUACGUGAAAAAUAUGGUUUACAGAACACAGAGUAUGAAGACAAUAAAGCAGUGAAGAAUCCAAAGUACAAAGACAGAGCGGGAAAACGCAGAGAGACCAUUGGAAGUGAAGGAACCUUCCAGAGAGAUGAUAGUCCAGCGUCUGUUCAUAUUGAAAUCAGCAACAGCAAUAAAGGACAUAAAAUGCUGGAGAAGAUGGGAUGGAAGAAGGGGGAAGGCCUGGGCAAGGAUGGUGGUGGUAUCAAGGAUCCGAUCCACCUUCAGUUACAUAAGACGCAUGCAGGUUUGGGUACCAGUAGACCAGCUUCAGCUGAAGAUGUUCAGAUCAUCCAGAGCAAGAAUAAAAAGAACUGGGAUAAAGCAAGAGAAAGGUUUGCUGAAAACUUCCAAGAACCAAAAUCACAAAAAGAUACACCUAAGAUUGUACCUUGGGUUAGAGGGACUUUAGAGUAAAGUCCCACAGCAGGGUAAUUCCUGUGUGUAAAUAGCUGGGAGAGAAUUUAUUUUUACUCUUUGUUUCUUUUGCUAAAGCAGAAGUUUGGCAUAUGUAAAAUACAGUUGUGGAUAAAAAUAUACAAGACUAACUCUUA